AUGUCUGCAACCCCAGAAUUGGCUAAGAACAGCUCGGGAGCGUUUGUACGGCCCAGCAAGCGGCAAAGCAGACCGGACGACGACGUUCGCGGUAGACUGGAAGACAGUAUAGAAGAAUCUCCGAGCGAUAUCUGUACAUAUUUAGAGCUCGUAAAGCUGCUGCAUGACCAAGAACAGCCACAGGACGCACGCCAAGUGCUUGAUAAGCUACACGAGCGGUUCCCGCUGUUCGCGCCUCUGUGGACUGCCGAACUCAGUUAUGAUCUCGAGCGCGAUGAAUUUGAGUAUGCAGAGGCUCUACUAACGCGUAGUUUGUCCGGGACACUAGAGAAUAACGAUCUAGGACUGUGGUUUAUGUACUUGGACUUUGUCCGUAGAAAGAACAAUAUUAUUACUGGUGGUGAAGAAGCACGAAGCGUCGUGCUAAAGGCUUUCGACGCUGUUGCAACGAAGUGUGCUAGCUGGGAGCCACGCUCAUCGACUUUUUGGACGGAAUAUCUGUCAUUUUUGGAGCAUUGGAAGCCGGUAAGCAAAUGGGAAGAACAACAAAGGGUGGAUCUCACUCGAACACUAUACAAGCGAAUGCUUUGCAUUCCGUUUGAUGGGCUUGAGCGCUCGUGGAACAAAUACACCCAAUGGGAACAAGAGGUAAAUUCUUUGACCGCUCGUAAGUUCAUUGGCGAACUUUCCGCCAAUUACAUGAAAGCACGAUCCCUGUACCAGGAAUGGACUAAUGUAACCAAGGGGUUGAGAAGAGUAUUACCCUCUCGAUUUUCACAAUGCUCUCGACAGACUAUUCCGCAACCAGGGGAAUACGAGGUUGAACAAUUGCACUUGUGGACAGAUUGGAUUAGAUGGGAACUUGAAAACAAGCUAGAUUUAUCCGAAUCACAACAUGCGCAACGAGUCGACUACGUUUACAAACAAUCCGUACAGCAUUUGCUCUUUUCUCCUGAGAUAUGGUACAAUUACUCCAUGUUUACAAAUGUAAGUUCGACUGUUAAAUCCAGUGAGAUUUUAGCUCAGGGACUCAAAGCUAGUCCUGGUUCAUGUACUUUAGCUUUCAAACUUGCGGAGCAUUAUGAAUUACAACAUGAAGUGGAUCAAAUGCAGCGCUGUUUCGAAGAGUGCCUCGAUCAUUUGGUGCUACAAUAUCACAUAUUGAGUGACGACAAUAGAGACACGUACAGUAAAAGACAGAAAAUCACCUUUGUCUACAGCAUAUACAUGAACGCUAUGAAAAGGGUAUCGGGACUCUCGUCGGCUCGUAAAGUUUUUGGUAAGUGCCGUAAGCUUAAGGAUUUACUGACACAUGAAAUCUACGUGGAAAACGCGUAUCUUGAAUUUCAUAAUCAAAACGAUCACAAAACUGCGUGCAAAGUAUUGGAGCUAGGCAUGAAGUAUUUUGCCGAUAAUGGUGAGUAUGUGAACAAGUAUCUGGACUUCCUGAUUUUGAUAAAUCAAGAUGGCCUCAUCAAAACCCUUUUCGAGACUUCAAUCGAUAAGGUAGUCGACACAGACGAGCUUCAGAUCUUUUACAAAAAGGUGAUCAAUUAUGAAUCCAAAUUCGGUAAUUUAAGCAGUGCUUAUUCUAUUGAAAGUAGAUUUUUCGAGAAGUUUCCACAGUUGGAGAAAAUCGAAGUGUUCACUGAUAGAUAUCAAAUUCAAAACAACAACCUCAUCAAAAAAUUAGAGCUCAACUACCUGUACAAGGCUGAAUUACCAGCUGACUCAUUCGUAACAGGCCAAAAAAGAACUAGAGAAUUAUCAAGUGCGGACGAAAGUAAGAACUCAAAAAAACAGAAAUCUCAAGACUUCAUCUCUGAUAAAGUCAUCGAGCUGCUUAAAGUUCUACCAAAGCGUCAAUACUUCAAGACAGCAGUCCUGGACGCAGAGAAGCUAACUCGAUAUUUGUCUGAAAACGUGAGUAUACCGUCUAGCACGGAACAAAAAUAG